AUUAGGGGCUAGUCCCUUGGUGCACACUGCACUGUGCGUGUGUUUGUGUGUGAGUUCGUAGGCGACGGUCUGGCUCCAGAAAAUCCACUAAUGACGUCUGAAACACAGGGUCAGAUUUAUUGUAGCAACGAGCCCUAGCAACCGUUAGAGUCCAUGGCGACAUGAGUGGCACGACAUGAGCUCGUGUACAGGAAUGCGACAUUUCCUCAUCAUAUCUGAUGAUAUCUACCACUUGUUGGUGGUAACAGGUGAAACAGGUGAGGUUGUGCUGAAGACUGAACAUGGGCUGCGGGAGCUCCGGAAUAAAGGUGGUUGAACCCGCAGAACCGGGCAGCCUCGACACCACAGCUGAGAUUGAUCCAGUGUGCGGGAGUCCUCGUGGUGACUCAGCCGUCUCUAAAAACACAACAGACAGUGGAGUUGGUCUGGAUGCAGGAGAGACCAAUAUUCGAUCCCGGACACUUCCUAGGAUUCUCCCACCACUGCAAGCUCAGAGUCCAAGGCUGACUCAGGAGAGCCAGAGACCGGAGUCUAGUGUGAUUCUGGAGCAGUUGAGCAGUCAGGGCAUCAUCCCGGCACAAAGCAGAGUGGCAGGCAGCGGAGAAGCAUACAACAUCACGCUGGCUGACGCAGAGAGGCCGACGAAGAGGCCACCACCUCGCCUAGAGUCGCUGAAGAUCCGUAAAGAACAAGAGCUCACUAGAAAGGAAGACAUCGAUGAGAAGAUGAGACAAGUAGAGGAAAGGAGAAAGCUACGGGAGGAAGAGCUGUGAAACAAACUGAGGGUUAAAUCUGCAAGGCCUCGUGGAGCACCUCUUGCUGGGGAGGACGGCGUCCCAGAGGUUGAUUCUCCUCUGUCUUCCCACAUCCCAGCCACAGCCAAAGAUCCUGACAUGGGCAGCAGUGGAGCAGAAGCAGCCGAGCUACUCUCCGGUGCGGGCGAAUGACUCAACCUUUCAACAGAAUGAAGUCUUUUAACCUGGGGCUGCUCUACCCUCUGUCUGGACCACUACUAUAAUGCUGGUUCAGCACAGCUUAUUCCUAUCCAGAUUUUAUUUAGAAUGAUAGAGGCACAUAAAGUAAGUAUACGUAUAAAUUGGGAUUUUAGCAAGCAUACAGGUUUGCACUUGCACUUUAUAAUACUCUAGUUAGUGUUUGUUAACACUGGGCAAGGGUCACCUCAACACAUUGAACAAUCAGACAUACAUAUCAGUUUUGUCAGUUGCCAUUAAUUUGCCACUCUAGUGAAGAUCAAUUUAAAGGAAUACUCCAGCAUUUUUCUCUCUCUUUCUCACCACAUGUAGCGUAUGUGAGAUUACCAGAGAUGAUACAUGAUUCCCUGUUUAUUCAUUUUUUAUUCGGAGCUCACUUAUGAGGAUGUCUAAGGGCAGUUGUUGGAGCAGUCACAAAAUUGAUAUAAAACACUUAUGUGUGGCCAUCUGGGAAAUGUUGUCACUGAGGCUGAAUUCUGGAAGUCAACCAAUAAUGAGAGAAAUUGUCUGUCUCAUCCAAAGACCUUUACUGUUAAGAGUGUAAUGAUUGAAAUUUUUUUAACUUACAAAUGCAAAACUUCAGUUUUUCGAUGUCACUGGAAAAAGGGGUCUUUUAGCCUUGACAUAACGAAAAAAUGCCAUGCCAAAUAUUUAAACACUACCUGAGCUAAGUUAACAUUCAUUGUUUUGGCAUUUCAACACAUUUAUAUAUUUUGAGUAUUCUGUUAAAUGGUAAAACGUACGUGUUGCCAUAUGGCAACAACAUGCGAUAAUGGAACGGUGGUGCAUGUGCAUUCAUGAAUUGAAACAGGCCUACAUAAAUAAAAUAAUAAUAAUAAACACUAGACAUCUCUGAUAGUAUAUUUACAUUAUUUUCAAAUUCAAAGUAAGAAAAACUGCACCUUAUUUUCUAAAUUUUAUGUUUCAUAAGAAUUAAGAAUUCAAGAGAAAGAAUUAAAACGUCAUCCAAAACAUGUGAAUGGAUUUACUCCCUCAAAGCUUCAUCCAAAACAUGUUUGGAUCUGUUUUUUUGUAUGUAUUUUGAGGGAGUAAAUCCAUUCACAUACUUUUUUACAACUGAAAUUCCUUUCUAGAAGAAUACUGUGUAACUUUCACAUGCUUACUAGGUGGACAAAAAAAAAAAAAAAACC